AUAUCUGAGCAAUGCGAUCGAAAGUUGUCCGAAAUGGAGGCCAUUGGGGUCACCACAGCAGGGCAAUUACCAGCCGUCCAGAUGGGAGAUACGAGAACAUUCCGAGUCACGAUGAGCAGGCGCUUCCGGCCAAAUGAGAUGCAUCUCGACAUGCGCCGAACAUUUCCGUGUCUGGCCGAAAUCUGAUUGGAUUGGAAGGCGGAGUACAAAAGGCGCACUCAAGCGGUUGGCCAAAACAGUUGGCCAAAUGACUUCCGGACUCAACCUCACCGUCCCACUAAUUGUGGCCCUGACCCUCGCCCUGGUGACCCUCGCCUGGGCGGAUGAGUUCGACGUGGAGGACUACUCCAACGAGUACGAGGAUGUGCGACCCCAUCUGGUCUAUCCCGACGAUCCCAGGCUGGACAAGCGCAUCGGAGACGCCGCCCGGGAGUUUGGCCAGAACAUAACCCAGGCCUGGCACUCCAUGGUGGACUCCUUCAAGAACUACUUCGAGGAGCUCAAGAACCUGUUCGCCGACACCACGGAUCCCAAUGCAGCCAACGAGGUCUUCUCCGACCCCUAAAACGUGUGCUCAUCACUUUUUGAAAUAAAAUAUAUUGGAAACAAACGGAACGGAGCGUACAUAAACUAAUAUUUAUGAUUACAUUUUAUUUUGAUUUUCCUUUUUGCUAAACAAUAAUAAAUGUCAUAUGCGUGACACAGUAAAAUGCAAAACUAAAUAAAAGUAAAAAAUCUGCCUUGUGGAUUCAAAA